AUGGCGUCCGAAGGCGUCAUCACGACCCCUGAUGCUGAGCGCAUCACAGCAGUCAAGGCCAACAACUUGACUGCUGGCGGCAACUCUGCCUUCAAGAACUUUAACAACCAGUUUGCCCACAUUGACGACCGAGCCGAGCGCCGUCGACUGGCUCUUGCAGAGAUUGACCGUGCACCUUUCGGGUGGUACCAUGUCAGGACUAUUUGCAUCGCAGGUAUCGGUUUUAUGACCGAUUCAUACGACAUCUUUGCUGUUGGUCUGAUUACAAGUCUCCUUGGAAUUGUCUUCUUCAACGGCAAGAUCUCGAGCCAGGAUGACACAGCAAUAAAAGUGGCUACCUCUUGCGGAACCGUCGUCGGUCAGGUCGGAUUUGGAGUCAUUGCAGACUGGAUCGGACGGAAAAAGAUAUAUGGUGUUGAGCUUAUUAUCAUUAUCGUAACCACUCUGAUUCAGGCCCUGUCCUCCAACUCUCCGGCUGUUUCCAUCAUCGGCCUCUUGGUCUUCUGGCGUAUCCUCAUGGGCAUCGGCAUUGGUGGAGACUACCCUCUAUCGGCUACGAUCACCUCCGAAUUCGCAACCACCAAGUGGCGCGGCUUCAUGAUGAACGCCGUAUUUGCCAUGCAAGGUGUCGGUCAGCUUUGCGCUGCCCUAGUUCUGCUCGUCCUCUCAGCAGCAUUCAAAUCGCAGCUUGAACUGGCGGCCAGCUCGGCGACUUGCUCAACGACAGGUGCUUGCCUCACCGCUGUCGACAGGAUGUGGAGACUUAUCAUUGGCUUUGGUGCUAUUCCCGGCUGCAUCGCUCUCUACUUCCGCUUGACGAUACCCGAAACCCCGCGGUAUACUUUCGAUGUUGAGAACGACGCAGACAACGCCAAGGGGCCGCUCAAGGCUGACGCAAACGCCACUGUCUCUGUCAAUGAGAGCCCUGAGGAGGAAACGGCUUCGCGAGCCGAGUUCAUGAGGCACUACAAGCAGUGGAAGAACCUGAAAGUUCUUCUCGGUUGUGCCUUGUCCUGGUUUUUCUUGGACAUUGCAUUCUACGGACUUGGCCUCAACAACCCCAUUAUUCUGAAUGCGAUCGGCUGGUCCGGCGGCAGCAACAUGUACCAGAUCCUCUACAACACUGCCGUUGGUAACCUCGUUCUCGUUCUCGCUGGUGCCGUCCCCGGCUACUGGGUAUCAGCCGCGCUCAUUGACACUGUUGGACGCAAACCUGUCCAACUUUUUGGUUUCUUUGCUCUGACGCUUAUAUUCUUUGUCAUCGGCUUCAAAUUCUGGGACCUCACCGGCAACGAGCUUCUGGCUCUCUAUACCAUCGCCCAGUUUUUCUUCAACUGCGGACCCAACAGCACCACCUUUAUUAUCCCAGGUGAAGUAUUCCCGACACGCUACCGUUCGACUAGUCACGGUAUUUCGGCAGCAUCUGGCAAGAUGGGUGCCAUCAUUGCACAGGUCGUAUUUGGGCCUUUGAAGGACAUCGGUGCCAACCCGACCCUUGCCAAGACGGAUCCGAAGUGGGCUGCCCCGUGGCUUAACCAUAUCAUGCAGAUCUUUGCCUGCAUCAUGGCUCUGGGUUUCUUUACAACUCUGCUGGUCCCAGAGACGGCAAGGAAGACGCUCGAGGAGCUCGGAGGCACGGAGACUACCAUUGGCCAGGCAGUUCCCGAAGUGCUUGAGGAGAAAUUGAGCUCUCCGGAGCUUAGGAGCGCCAGCUCGGAAGAUAGGGCUGCCUCUAGUCCUCGUGCUGACGCCUAA